GGACCGGGACCGGGACUCCGUGUUAGCGUCGCUGUCAGGGAGGUUAAAGCCGGAGCUCACGGGGCAGAAGACUGGGAGGCACCGGGUCCGGGUCUACGGGGUCUCAGUCCAGGAGCGUGCGGGUCACUCUGAGAAACCGGUUUGAGGAGAAGGGGGGUCGAGGGGGUGUGUGCGCGCACAAUGGGAGACGCUGCGACGCGGAUACCGGAGCGGGAUCUCGAGCUCUCCGAGGGGGACUCCCUCUACACCGGGAGGUAGUCGGUCCCUACCGGGAGGGGGGAGGGGGACCACGUCUGCAGAGUCGGUUUCUGUCCCGCAGCUCUUCUUCGGUGCUGCUGAACCGGUUUGUGCGCAUAAGGGUGUGCAGGACUAGGAUCAGGGUGUGCAGGAUCAGGAUCAGGAUCAGGGAUGUACCUGCUGGACCGGAUGGAGAGGGGAGCGCCCCAGAGGAAGACAGUGUACCGGAUCUCCCUCACCUUGGUGAAGAGGGAGAGCUUAGAGGAGGAGGGUGGUGGGGUGGACCCCCGGCAGGCCGAGGACCCCCAGGGGGGCCCGCAGGAAGUCCUGCUGGAGGAGGAGGUGCAGGUGGAGGCCUCCCACGGCUACAUGAGGAACUUCAGGACUUUCAGCAUGGGGCAGCUGGAGCUGGGGAGGCUGAAGCUGUCCAGGAAGCUCCUCCUGCAGAAGGAGGCGAGGGAGAAGGAGCCAAGGGAGAAGGAGGCAGCAGGUGUGAAUCCAACGAAGAGGAGGCUCCUGAAAGCUCGGAGCGUGGAGGAGAGGAGCUCCUCGCCUCCCGCGGCGGCUACUCACGCCUCCUCCUCCCCCCCCGAGGCCCCGCCCCCUAAGCGAGCGCCCGGCCUCCUGCACCGCAGCUUCAGCUUCAGGCACCGACCCGGCGUGGCCGGCGAGCCCCCCUCAAAGAGCAGGACCCUGGAGGUCGGCGCCGUCCUGAACAAGACGGGCUCUAUGGCGGACCUGAGAGGGGGCGGGGCCAAGAACCGCACGCUGGACAACAGCGACCUUGUGCGGCCGGCGGCAGAGAGGGGCGGGGGGGGGGAGCGGCGUCUGGUCCGGUUCUUCAGCGGGAUCUUCUCCAGACGGGACAGGGCCGCCUCCUCCACGCCGUCGGGAAGCCCCGCCUCUGACCGGCCCAGAAGAGCGGUGGCGGAGUCCAGCACGGAGAGCGUGAACGGAGGAAGCGCUGAAGAUGCGUUCGUGAACAGUCAGGAGUGGACGCUGAGUCGGACGGUACCAGAGCUCAAAGUGGGCAUUGUGGGUAACCUGGCCAGCGGUAAAUCAGCGCUGGUCCACAGAUACCUGACGGGGACGUACGUCCAGGAGGAGUCGCCUGAAGGCGGUCGCUUCAAGAAGGAGAUCGUGGUGGACGGUCAGAGUCACCUGCUGCUCAUCAGAGAUGAAGGCGGCCCCCCAGAGGCCCAGUUCUCCUUGUGGGUGGACGCUGUGAUCUUCGUGUUCAGCCUGGAGGAUGAGAUCAGCUUCCAGACGGUCUAUCACUACUUCAGCCGCCUCGCCAGCUUCAGGAACGCUGCGGAGCUACCGCUGGUACUGGUGGGCACGCAAGACGCCAUCAGCUCGGCCAACCCCCGGGUCAUCGACGACGGCCGAGCCCGGAAGCUGUCCAACGACCUGAAGCGCUGCACCUACUACGAGACCUGCGCCACCUACGGGCUGAACGUGGAGCGCGUGUUCCAGGACGUCGCCCAGAAGAUCGUGGCCACCAGGAAGAAGCAGCAGCUGUCCAUCGGGCCGUGCAAGUCGCUGCCCAACUCGCCGAGCCACUCGUCCGUCUGCGCCGCGCAGGUGUCGGCCGUCCACAUCAGCCAGACGAGCAACGGGGGCGGCAGCUUGAGCGACUACUCGUCGUCGGUGCCGUCGACGCCGAGCACGAGCCAGAAGGAGCUCCGCAUCGACGUGCCGCCGCCCACCAACACACCCACGCCCGUCAGGAAGCAGUCCAAGCGCCGCUCCAACCUCUUCACCUCCAGGAAGGCCAGCGAGCCGGACAAGAAGGGCCUGGAGGCUCGAGCCGACAGCAUCGGCAGCGGGCGAGCCAUCCCCAUCAAACAGGGGAUGCUGCUGAAGAGAAGUGGGAAGACGCUGAACAAGGAGUGGAAGAAGAAGUACGUGACGCUGUGUGACAACGGACUGCUCACCUACCACCCCAGCCUGCAUGACUACAUGCAGAACGUCCACGGCAAGGAGAUCGACCUGCUGAGGACCACGGUCAAGGUGCCGGGCAAGAGGCCGCCGCGCGCCGUGUCCUCCUGCACCGCCGCCCCGAGUCCCAAGACCAACGGCCUGGCGAAGGACAUGAGCAGCCUGCAGCUGGGGCCGACGGCAGGUCAGGUGACCAGCAGCUCGUCGGCGUCCCAGAUGGCGAGUGGUGUUAGCUUGGUGUCCUUCAACAGCCGCGGCCUUGAGGGGAUGCACCAGCGCUCGUACUCCGUCUCCAGCGCCGACCAGUGGGCCGACGCCACCGUCAUCGCCAACUCCGGAGUCAGCACAGAUACCGGUCUGGGGGACUCGGUCUGCUCCAGUCCCAGUAUCUCCAGUACCACCAGUCCCAAGAUAGAGCCGCCGCCAUCGCCGCACGCCAACCGCAAGAAGCACCGCCGGAAGAAGAGCACCAGCAACUUCAAGGCUGACGGCCUCUCUGGUACUGCGGAAGAACAAGAGGAGAACUUUGAGUUCACCAUUGUGUCUCUGACGGGGCAGACGUGGCACUUCGAGGCCACUUCCUACGAGGAGCGGGACUCCUGGGUCCAGGUCAUCGAGAGCCAGAUCCUGGCCAGCCUGCAGUCCUGCGAGAGCAGCAAGCACAAGUCUCGCCUGCCGAGCCAGACCGAGGCCAUGGCCCUGCAGUCCAUCAGGGGGAUCCGGGGCAACGGCCGCUGUGCCGACUGUGAAGCUCAGAACCCCGACUGGGCCAGCCUCAACCUGGGGGCCCUGAUCUGCAUCGAGUGCUCAGGGAUCCACAGGAACCUGGGCACCCACCUGUCCCGGGUCCGGUCCCUGGACCUGGACGAGUGGCCCCUGGAGCUCAUCAAGGUGAUGUCGGCCAUCGGCAACGAGCUCGCCAACAGCGUGUGGGAGGCCAACGUCCAGGGCCGCCUGAAGCCGGCCCCGGACGCCAGCAGGGAGGAGCGGGAGCGCUGGAUCCGGGCCAAGUACGAGCAGCGCGUGUUCGUGGCGCCGCUGCCGCCCGGCGCCGAGCUCUCCCUGGGGCAGCAGCUGCUGCGGGCGGCGGCGGAGGAGGACCUGCGCUCCGUGGUGCUGCUGCUUGCUCACGGGUCGAGGCAGCAGGUCAACGAGACGUGCGGUGACGGAGACGGACGCAACGCGCUGCACCUCGCCAGCCGCAAGGGCAACGUGGUCGUCACGCAGCUCCUCAUCUGGUACGGCGUGGACCUGAUGGCGAGAGACGCCCACGGGAACAGCGCCAUGGCGUACGCCCGGCAGGCCAGCAGCCAGGAGUGUGUGGACACGCUGGCGCAGUACGGCUGCCCCGACGAGCGCUACCCGCUCAUGGCCACGCCCAACCUGCCGCGCCGCAACAACAACCGCAACAACAGCUGCAGCAGCGCCGGCAGCGCCGCGCUCAUGUGACCCCCACACACUCACACACCGGACUUUUAUUUUGGAGGAACCACUUCCUGCCCGUGAGACUUGACAGGAGGCCCCCGAGGCAUGCUGGGAGACGCGGUCCACGAGCGGACAGCUCGCUUUUGGGAAAAAUGAUCACGUGACCUCAUCUUUAAUUUAACAUGAAACUUUACUCUGAACCAAUCAUAUCGUGUCCUCAGAGAACACUGUCAUCUUCAUCAUCAUCUUCAUCAUCUUCACCUCAUAUUUUUUAUUUCAUGAAUUGUGUGAUCCUUCUGUGUGUUUUAAGAGAAGGGAAAAGGAGCAGAGUGACAGGUCGCGUGGCCAAUAGACGCUCUUUGCCCUCCUGGACCAGCCGUGUGGUUUCUCUCCGGGUUUGAAGGCUCCGGACGCCGUCCUCUUCUUUCCUGAACGUCCAACAUGUGGUUUGUUUUUUAUUCUCAAUCUGCAGAUUAUUAUUCCAUAAAAUAUAAACAUGGCCGCCACGAGUCACCAGAGAUGGAUAAAUAUGAAUUGAUGUAAAUAUGAACGGUGAGUUAAGAUGGAAGGUGACGCUGAAGGUCUUCAGGAAUCUGGACUCUUUUUUAUUUAUUGUAAAGUGAAACCGACUGAAGCGUGAUUCUGAUGGUUUUAAGGUGUAAAAAAAAGUAAAAUGAAGCAGCUUCACGGAGCAAAAAGGGAAUUCUUCUUCUUCAGGCGUUCGUUUCCUCCCGUCCAAUCGGAACGUCUCAGCGAAUCACGGAGGAGGUUCUUCUUCUUCUGUGGUCUGUAAGCGUGUUGUAAAUAUUCUCUUGUGUACAUUUAGAGAACAGGAAGUGCUUUCAGGGUGGAGGAGCGGAAGGGCUUUUAUUCUGAAGGGUUUGUCCAGUCCAGAUGUGAUCUGGUUUUGAGUCUCAAACGGAGUCUCGAUCCCCCGCCCCCCAUCCUGACGAAGUGGUUUCUGUGUAUCGGAGCAAUAUUCAUAAACGCAUCCCGGCUUCCUGGACCGAGAACCUUUAGCUGGGUUCUGGUUCCUGUUCCACACCAGGAGGUCCACGUGUUUGAGUCCAUGUUUUAGGUCUCGACUAGACCAGAUCCAGCUUCCAGCCGGUAGAAGAAGACCACUGCGACCCCCUGAUGCUCGUCAUCACGCUUCCUCUAAAUAAUGAGAUAUGAAUUCAUUAUGAGACUCAAAUAACAUUAUUAUGAGUUAGUACCUCAUUAUUAUGAGUUAUUAGCCCAUUAUUAUGAGUUAGUACCUCCAUUAUUAUGAGUAAUUAACCCAUUAUUAUGAGUUGGUACCUCAUUGUUAUGAGUUAUUAACCCAUUAUUAUGAGUUAGUACCUCAUUAUUAUGAGUUAUUAACCCAUUAUUAUGAGUUAUUAGCCCAUUAUUAUGAGUUAUUAACCCAUUAUUAUGAGUUAGUACCUCAUUAUUAUGAGUUAUUAACCCAUUAUUAUGAGUUAUUAGCCCAUUAUUAUGAGUUAUUAACCCAUUAUUAUGAGUUAGUACCUCAUUAUUAUGAGUUAUUAACCCAUUAUUAUGAGUUAGUACCUCAUUAUUAUGAGUUAUUACCUCAAUAUGAUGAGUUAUUACCCCAUAACAAUGAGGUAAUAACCCAUUAUUAUUUGUUAUUAACCCAUUGGUAUGAGUUAUUACCUCAUUAUUAUGAGUUAGUACCUCAUUAUUAUGAGUUAGUAUCUCAUUAUUAUGAGCUAUUAACCUAUUGUUAUUAGUUAUUAACCCAUUGGUAUGAGUUAUUACCUCAUUCUUAUGAGUUAGUACCUCAUUGUUAUGCGUUAUUACCUCAUUAUUAUGAGCUAUUAACCCAUUGUUAUGAGUUAUUACCUAAUUGUUAUGAAUUAUUACCUAAUUACGAGUUAUUAACCCAUUAUUAUGAGUUACUACCUCAUUAUUAUGAGUUAGUACCUCCUUAUGAGUUAUUACCCCAUUAUUAUGAGUUAUUAACCCAUUAUUAUGAGUUAUUACCUCGUGGUUAUGAGUUAUGAACUCAUUGUUAUGAGUUAUUACCUUAUGGUUAUGAGUUAUUAUCUCAUUAUUAUCUCAUUAUUAUGCGUUAGUACCUCUUUAUUACGAGUUAUUAACUCAUUAUUAUGACUCAAAAUAUGGAGGUAAUAACUCAUAAUGCUGAUGGACAGCAGACCUUUAUUCUAGAACCACAGAACGAGGAACCGGACUCACCUGAACCUGUACAUAGACCAGCUGACUUAGCCCCGCCCCUCUGGGCGGUCCUCACUUUAUUUAUAAACGCACCCCUCAAACCUCUUUUGUAUAUUUCUGUCCUCUGAAGUUCACCCGCGUUUUAUUCUCAUGAGUUAUGACACGUUAUUGUUCCUGUUAUUCUAAUUAUUAUUGUUAUUGUUGUUAUUAAGGUUAUUUUUGUUGGCUGUACAUUAAUUCCACUUAAUACAGAGUCUUCUACUGUAAUGUCUCUUUUCAAUAAAGACGAGAACAUGCUUCU